ACCGUACUGUGUGGUAUGCCGGAGCAGCUGCAGGUUCGGCCACACUCCGAUCGCAAAAAAUUUGUGGAUAUGAACGACGAGGAAAUUAUAAAGCAGCGCCUGCUGAUCGACGGGGACGGCACUGGAGAGGAUCGGAGGAUAGUCGUGCUGCUGAAGCAGUUCUUAAAGUGGGCCAACGCCAAGAACGAUUCGCCAGAGACCAACCCCAUCAUGUACGACCGCCUGAUGGCCCAGUUCGCCCAGUGCAAGCUCACCGCGAUGAAGAACGUCCAGACGCUGCAGAUGAUUGGCGCCGAGCGGGAAAACUACACCAAGCUGGUGGAGCAGCACGAGCAGAGCAUCGUUCUGGCGAAGGAGGAGAUCGAGGCCAGCAAAAAGGAACUGGUCACCGCCAAGCAGAUUCGCAAGAACAAGAUGGAAUACGACCUGCUGGCAUCGCUCAUCCAAGAUCAGCCGGACCGUAACGGCACCCAGAAGCAGAUCGAGACUAUCAGGAGGGAGAUCGAUGACCUGGUGCAGAAGAAGCUCAAGAUGGAGCGCAAGUUUCAAAAGCGCCGCAACGACUUCACGCUGCUUAUGUACACGAUACACGAGCUGGAACAGCAGCUGGACCAGGACAAUAGCUCAUCCUCAUCGUCUUCCUCCUCCUCCUCGUCGUCUUCCAGCGAGAGUGAUGCCCGCUCGGAGCCUGACCUGGACGACAAUGGCAUAAUGGAAGUCAGCGACGAGGACGACGACCUCAACAACAGCAGUCCCACAAAGUUCGACGGAGUCCGCGGCGAGCCCAAGUUCCACUCCGUCUCCACGGAGGACUCCAAAGCCAUGUCUUUGGAGGAGGACACUGUCCUCGAGCUAAGCAUUGACAAGGACGAGCAUGACGUGGAUGUGGCUGUGGCCAGUUAGGUUAGAGGGGCAAAUGGUAAAAAUGCACAAAAACGUAUAAUAAAAUGAAGAUAUAAACGAAGAUAUAAA